CAGAAUCUCUUAUUGUGUGAGUGAAUCCAUAAUUCUGUCCUUUUCUUAGUUCUGAUCACUCAAAAUACUUUCAAUAUAUUCCUUAAACUAUAGUUGUUGAAUUCAAGAUCUCCCUUUCAACUCGUCGUUUUCAUCAUACCCUUCACUUCAGCUACUAGUUAAAGAAGAGGAAUUAGUUAACUAAGGUGUGACUAAGAGAAACAUUAAUUAAGGAAAAGCAAUGUCAGGUUUGUCUCUAGCUGUGGCUGGUGGUGGAUAUGAAACUGAGAAAAAGCAAGAACAUGGAAGCAUGACAAUGAUGGGUUCAUUACGUGUAAUAGAACUACAACUUGUAGCCUUUGUAUUGGUUUUCUCAGCAAGUGGUCUUGUCCCUCUUCUUGAUCUACUCUUCCCUUUCUUUGUCUCUAUCUAUCUAGUAGCACUUUCACGUUUUGCUUUUCCCUCAUACAAUCGUGGUGUGUCCCAAACUGUUUUCCAUGGAAGCAAGGCUUUUCAAUUCUAUGUUAUUGUUGGAACAAUUCUUGGAUUGUUCUUGCCUCUAGCUUAUGUGUUGGGUGGAUUUGGAAGAGGGGAUAAACUUGCAGUGAAAUCUGCAAGUCCACACCUGUUCUUGAUCUCUUUUCAAAUACUCACUGAAAAUAUAAUAAGUGGGUUGUCAGUGUUUUCACCUCCUGUGAGAGCAUUGGUGCCUUUGAUGUAUACAGUAAGGAGGAUCUUUGUGGAUAUUAAUUGGAUACAUAAUGUGUGGCUCAACAUUACUUUGCCAGCAAAUGCACACUUUAAGGACAAAGCAUGGUUUUGGUUUGGGAGGGUUUUGGCUGUGGCUAAUCUGGUUUAUUUCUCCAUCAAUCUCUUUGGGUUCUUGAUUCCAAGGUUCCUUCCAAGAGCUUUCAAGAGGUAUUUCCAAGAGAGGGGGGAGAUUUAUGCUAAGGCUGCUGAGGAUAAGCCACGUGGGGUCAUCAACAAAUCACAUGUACCACAGAAGAAAUCAAUAAAUUUAUGCCUUUAAUUUGUACAAGAUCUCGUUAUACAUGUAAUAAGUCCUGUACAAGUUGUCUUAAAGAGCCUUUAAUUUCUUCCUUUGAAAACUACGAUGUGUGUACGGUAUAUAUAGCAACAUCUAAUACAUGUAAAUAGCACCAAGGUAUUGUACAUAUUGUUUCUUCA